AAAUAAAUAAAUAAAAAGUAUAAAAUCAUAAAAAAAAAAAAAAAAUAAAAAAAAAACAGAAAAUAUAAUAAUAAAAAAUAAAAAAACUAAAAACUAAAAACUGUUUCAAACUCAAACUAUAGAGCUCUGAAGCCACCCGCACAACCCUUUCUUCAUCCCCAAAUUACCAUCAGAAUAUGAAACCCUAAUUUGAUCAAUCAAUUCGAAAUCUUCCACUAGUCAUCUCCAUCUGAUCGAUCUCAGCCGGUUUUUCGGUUUUUAGGGGGGAGAUGGAUGGGAACAAAGAAGACGCUUUGAAAUGCUUAAGAAUUGGUAAAGAAGCCAUGGAAGCCGGCGAUCGGAAUCGUGCCAGGAAAUUCUUUACGAAAGCUCAGCGUCUCGAUCCAACUUUAUCUGUUGAUGAUCUCUUAUCGGCGGUUGAGAAGGAAUCCGGUGGCGAACGAUCUCCGUCUGAUGCGGAUGCAUCGUCUAAUGGUCCGUCUGAUUCAACUUCUUCUAAACCGUCCGAUCAACCCUCUCUUCGUCAAAGGGUUCCAUCCACUGGUUCAUCUUCGUCUCCCUCAUCGGCUACGGGGGCCCAUACACUGGAGCAGAUAGCGAUUGUGAGAGAGAUUAAGAAGAAGAAGGAUUACUAUGAGAUUUUGGGGGUAGAGAAGAGUUGCAGUGUUGAGGACGUACGAAAGGCUUAUAGAAAGCUCUCUUUGAAAGUUCAUCCUGAUAAGAAUAAAGCACCAGGUGCUGAAGAAGCUUUCAAGUCUGUAUCUAAAGCUUUUCAAUGUCUUAGCAGUGAAGAGAGUAGGAGAAAGUACGACCUUGUUGGGUCUGAUGAGCCCGUUUACGAGAGACGCACCACAAGACACGCUGCUCAUGGAUUCAAUGGCUUCUAUGAUGCUGAUGUUGACGCAGAGGAGAUUUUCAGGAACUUUUUCUUUGGUGGAAUGGCUCCGGCGACCCAGUUUCGUGGGUUUAGUUUCGGAACUGGAAUGGGGCAUAGGCAACAACAACCUGAUCACAAUGGUUCCGGUGGGUUCAAUGUUCGUGCACUGAUUCAGAUUCUGCCAGUUCUGCUUAUACUUGUUCUGAACUUUUUGCCAUCUUCUGAGCCAAUCUAUUCACUCUCUCGAUCUUAUCCUUACGAGUACAAGUUCACCACCCAAAAAGGUGUCAAUUAUUAUGUUAAGUCGACAAAAUUCGAGCAGGAUUAUCCGCUGGACAGCCGGGAACGAUCUUCUUUUGAAGACCAGGUUGAGAGAGAAUACUUUGGUAUUCUUAAUCAGAAUUGUCGGCUUGAGAUUCAGCGUCGUCAGUGGGGCUUUAUUCGUGAAACACCGCAUUGUGACAUGCUGCAGCGGUUUCAGACACAGGCUAACUGACUUCAAUGAAGAUUUUGCCUGUUUGGUCAAGACUGAAUGUCCUUCAGUAUUUCUUUUCCUAUUCCGAAGAGUACACAAGUAAAUUAUAUGGGUUCCCGUAAGAGAAGAAAUGUAAUACUAGUGGCCUUUUUCCUUUCUUUUCUUUAUCCCAGCUAAGGAACGUAUAGGAGCUAGAUUUGUCGAAACUAUAGACCUUAUCUUCUGUCUCAUUCUAUAUUCUUACCUCUUACGUACGUAUGGCACCUCAAUUUUUGUGUAAAAUUCUGAUUUAGCAUUUUAACAAAUGCUAUGCUGCAAUACAUGCAUUCCCAAUAUUCAUGAUUUUAAGUACUUAAAAAUCUGUAAAGAAGUACAGGUUCUGUUGGAUAAACUUUGUAGUUUUAGCCACAAUCUUUUUUGUAGUUUCAUUAAAUUUACUUCAUUUGUUCAAAGUAUGUAAUAUGUGGAUUGAGAACUUCAGUUGUUUUAGUGGUUAACUAGUUACAGCUUGGCAGAUGCCAUGGGAAUGGAAUGUUCUUAAGUCAACCUGUUGUAAAACUAUGAUUACAAGUUUUUACAAAAUUCAUUGAGAUACUUUUUUU